AUGGAAUCCUAUUUGUAUUUCAAGAACGGCUGGGUAAAAAGCGUAACGGGUGUUAAACUGCAGGACGUUUUUGUGGUACAUGGAAUUGUUCACCAUUCGUUUUCGUUGAACGAGUCGCCACUCCGACCGUGGAUUAUAAUCGGCGUGAACGGAACAGUUUUGGCCGCUCAUUGCUCGUGCGCGAUCGGCCUGCUCGAAAACUGUAGCCACAUUGGAGCAACUCUCUUCGCGUUGGACGGUCUUCGAACAGAUCUUCUCGAACAAAAAUUAUCCGUUACAGACAUUCCUUGCUUAUGGAAAAAUGCGCCGGCAAUCACCCAAGACCUGUACAAGCGCAUUCGCGAGAUUGACUUUGGGAAGAAAAUCAAAAAAUGCUAUCCAGCAAUUCAAAAAAUACAAGAAAAUGAUUUGAGGCAUAUCGAACUUUUGAAGGCUAUUCAAAAGGAUGGCAUCAACUGCGCUGCCAUGGCAGUGUUCUGUGACAAACAAACGUACGAAUUCUGUUGUGAUUCAUGCACAAGGGCCAAAGAAUUAGAAGAAAAAUUCGAAUCAUUCGACUUGAGUAAGCUUUAUCAUCCUAACAACCGUUUGAAACCUCUAGAAGAACUUAGGAGCCUUUCCGAUCAUAUUUGUUCAAAUAUGGAUAACAAUCCUGACACCAUUAAAGACAUUGAGAUUGGCACGGCUUUGCAAAAUAGCUCACAAUGGUGGAUGAAAUUGAGGCGAGGUCGCAUAACAGCUUCGCUUCUUAAAGAUGUUUGUAGAAGUAACUUACUUAAACCGUCUAUUUCGCUAAUCAAAAAAAUUUGUUCGUCAGAAAGUGCUACUUUGUCUACGCCAGCAGUAAAAUAUGGUAGGGAAUUUGAAGACCGUGCAGUUCAUAAAUUAUUUGAACUAGUAGGAGAAACUCACACAAAUUUAGUUUUACGUAAAUCUGGCUUACAUCUGUCACAGGAGAAUCCAUACUUAGGUGCUUCUCCAGAUGCAGUGUUUGAUUGUACCUGCCAUGGUACCGUUACUGUGGAAGUAAAAUGCCCAUAUUCUGCAAAGGAUGCCACAAAUAUGCGAGAUAUAUUAUUAAAACUUAAAGAUCCAUACAUUGAAUUAGAUGCUAAUGAUAUGACAACAAACUAG